AUGUCCCUUCUGCGGGAGGCUGAGAGAUGCAUUGCUAAUCAGAAGUCCCAUGUCGCUCUCAAUGCCUUCAUAACUGCAUUACAGCCUUCGGGACCGUGGCGGGAACAGGUGAAAGACGCACACCUCCGAACGGAGCAAGGGACACCCAGAUCCAAGGUGGAUGGUCGGUUGAUUGCCAUCAAAGAUAACAUAUGUACGCGUGACCUUCCGACAACAUGCGCUUCCGGAACCCUCGAGGAGUUCGUAAGUCCGUUUAACUCCACCGUCGUGGGCCAAUUAGAAGAUGCAGGCGCUGUAGUUGCCGGAAAGACGAAUCUUGAUGAAUUUGGCAUGGGUUCUCAUUCGGUCUAUUCGCGAUUUGGGCCGGUGAGGAGUUUCUGGCAGGGUCGCGAUGCCGAACCCCUCUCAGCCGGUGGCAGUUCGGGAGGGAGUGCAGUUGCAGUAGCCACAGGCCAAUGUUAUGCCGCGUUGGGUACAGACACUGGAGGGUCUGUUCGCCUUCCGGCUGCAUACACCGGGACAAUUGGGUUCAAACCAUCUUAUGGAUUGAUCUCGCGAUGGGGUGUAGUCGCAUAUGCCAACUCACUGGACACGGUUGGGAUCCUAGGGGGAAGCAUAGCCAGCGUUCGCGAUAUCUUCAAUGUUGUGAACCAGCACGAUCCACGCGACCCUACAAAUCUAUCUCCAUUAUCUCGCUCGCGAAUACUUUCAUAUCUCCAGUCGCCCUCUUACGCAUCCCGACUAACAUCCACACCCCUCAGGAUUGGUGUUCCCACAGAAUACAACAUCUCCGAACUUCACCCUACUAUCCGAUGCGCUUGGUCCCGCACUCUAGCUUAUUUGCAACGGCAAGGUCACAGCAUUCAUGCAAUCUCCCUGCCGACGACGAAACUAGCAUUGUCAGCAUACUACGUGCUGGCUCCUGCCGAAGCUUCUUCAAACUUGGCCAAGUACGACGGCGUCAGGUACGGAACUCGUUGCGGGGGUCUAGACAGCGAUGGACAGCCGCAAGGCUCUUUAUACGCCAGUACAAGGGGACAUGGAUUCGGCUCCGAAGCCAGGAGGCGUAUCGUCCUCGGGGCGUUCAGCUUGAGUGCCCAUGCUAUGGAUAAUUAUUUUAUCCAAGCUCAGCGUGUUCGACGCCUCGUCCAACGUGAUUUCGAUGGCGUAUUUCAAAUGAAGCAACCGUUGGCAUCUUCUGGGACGGACCUAGAAAGGGUGCCGGAACACACCGGCGUAGACAUUCUCAUUUGUCCGACUGCCCCAUCGCCUCCCCCGCGUAUAUCUGAUCUGAUAGAUUCGGACAAUGGACCCUCGCCCUUGGACGCGUACAUGAACGAUGUCUUUACCGUGCCUGCUAGCCUGGCUGGUCUCCCAGCCAUGUCUGUCCCGGUCACUGUGGGUUGCGAGAAACAAGAUUCUAACGACGCGAGUUUGGCGGGCAUUCAAAUUGUCGGUCAAUACGGAGAUGACCAACUCGUGUUGAAGGUGGGAGAGCUACUCGAGGACCAAAAAUAUAAGUCUCAUUGCUAUGCGUAG